UAAACUUCUGCUUUAAUAAGCUCGUGGCAUUCAGCACACUGCAGUAAGACAAGCUCAUCGCAAAUAUGAACCAAACUUCCAUGAUAAAUAUGGCAACAUGGUCCUCGUCGGUGGAGCUGUAGUCUUUACUGCUGUUUGGGCAUAUGUGUUAACACAAGCUGGUAUAGAGUGGGGCUUGUCACCUGUUGGCAGAGUCACCCCAAAAGAAUGGAAGGAGUAAUUGUCAACAUAUGUUAUGAACUGGUCUAAGAUUUCACUGAAGACAGUGCUCAUGCCAUUAAUGUAGUGGCAUUUGUUUCCUGAUAACCACUUGUAUUGUGGCAUUCCUUGAUGUAAUAAAUGUAUCUGGAAACCUG